AGCGGGUUAAAAAAGCAAUCGGGUCCCUAGUUUCUUUCUCAAAAAAGCAAUCCAGUCAUGUAGCGCGUCGUGGCUGUGGCCGGCCCCUGGCCAUGGCAGCGGCCAAGCCGUUGCUGUGGCCAACCAUGGCCGCUUGUGGCGGAGGCAGCCGUGAGUGGUGAGCGGUGGCCAGCCAGCACGCAUGCAAGCCAGCCAACCGACCAGCAAGCGGCGGCGCUGCACGCACGCUCGCGGUGACGACGGCCAGCACGCGGCGGCGGGGGCUGCUGCGCACGCAAGGCCGCGGCACGCCAGCACGUCCGAGGCGGCUCCAGCCGGCCAGCAAGCGGCGGCGGCUGCACGCACGCUCACGGCGACGACGUCCAGCAUGCGGUGGCGGCGGCUGCUGCGCACGCACGCAAGGCCGCGGCACGCCAGCACGACCGAGGUGGCUCCAGCCGGCGUGGUUGCGCCGCCGUCUCCAGUCCCGACCAGCGUCGGAGAGGUGCUUCGCCGGGGCGUCGCCAUGGCGAAGAGCGCGGAGUGCACACGAUGUGUUCGAGGAAAUGCCAGAGAGAGAGAGGAGGAGGAGGAGGAGGAGGAAGAAAAUUAAUGCUGACAGGUGGGCCCAUCCUGUCAGAAAGGCGUUUAGAAGACGCGAAUCGGACACUUUCCUGACAUGGUAGUUUUCAGUCAAAGAUUAGUCAAAAAGUGAUAGUUUUCGGCACAAAUUUGUAAAGUGGUAGUUUAUAAACACAGUUCCGCGAAAUGUGGUAGUUUUUUGUUAAAUACUCUAUUCAGUUAGUAUAUAAGGUUAGUUAAAUUGUCUGACAAUCUUGCAGGUUGCUCUAGUUCUCUUGGUACUAAGAAAUGAUUGCUUGGUCCUUCCGAGUGGAAGAGAAGUUAAUAACAAUACAUUGCUAAAGACUCUUGUUUUACCAAGUCUUAGAAUGCUAGAGCAUGAUGCAUCAGAUCUUUCUGCCUUCCUUGGUUUCAUUUAUUCAUCAAGUGAUGGUGUCAUUAAUCUCAGGAACAGACUUUCAGAGGAUUUUUCGGUUUCCAAAUGUUCUACCAUUGCUGAUUUUGCAAGAUCAAUCAAUUAUGGCAUUCCUGGACAUCUACUACAAUUGCUUGAGAAGUUCUUUUCAUGGAGGAAUUGGCCAUUAGUCACACCACAUGGUGAAGCAGCAACAUAUGAGAAAAUGCUUAGAAAAUUCACUAUAGAUGAACAGACGAGGGAAAACAGACACUUAGAUUUAUUAAAAUGUCUAAAGAUUGGAAUUAGUGAAUUACCUCAAGAUUGUGAAAUCCAGGAUGCUAAGUACCAUUUAUUUUCUAGUGGUGAAGUUGUGCUAGAAAUGAUCAAGGUGUUCAUAAAAUUUGUGGAAAAUAUGUCCGUCCGUCUGCAAAAGGUGCAAAUUUCCCAUCCAAGAGGCUACGAUGAUGUUCUGGGGUUUGCACAUUUCCUGACUAGCAAGGAAUAG